AUGGCACCCUUUGCGGUGCUGGUGUCGCUCCUCGCUUUCCUUCCCUUCUCCGCCGCCGUCCGAAUGCUCGAAGCAAAAUCGCUGAACCCAUGUAUGGAGAAUUCGAAAUUCACAGCUACCUUAUUCAGCGUCGUCUUCACUCCCGACAACCGGACUGUGACCUUUAAUAUCAACGGUAUCUCGUCAAUCUCUGGAAAUGUUACAGCAGAGCUGGAAGUGAUUGCAUAUGGGUAUACGGCGGUGAGACAAUCGCUGAACCCUUGCAAGAUGAACUUGGAAGGCAUGUGUCCGAUGAACACGGGCCAGAUCAACUUGCCGGGAAACAUUCCGGAUAUAUCUCCCGAUGUUGUCAAUCAGGUUCCUGGCAUUGCAUACACCGUUCCCGACUUGGAUGGUACUGUUAAGAUUUACAUCAACUCAACCGACACCAAUACCCCGUUGGCUUGCGUAGAAGCUCAAAUGUCCAACGGCAAAACAGUCGACCAGAAAGCGGUUGGCUGGGCUACAGCUGUUAUUGCAGGUCUUGCCUUGCUUGCGUCGGCCGUCACUAAUGGUCUCGGACACUCAAAUACAGCUGCGCAUGUCGCGGCAAAUGCCCUCUCGUUGUUUGGAUAUUUCCAAGCUCAGGCGUUCAUUGGAAUGACUGCCGUCACCUUGCCACCAAUCGUGCAGUCUUGGACUCAGAAUUUCCAAUGGAGCAUGGGUAUCAUUCGUAUUGGCUUCUUACAGGCUAUCGCCAGAUGGUACCAGCGUUCCACUGGUGGCACACCCUCUACCUUGCUUGCCACUUUGUCUACCACCUCAGUCGAGGUUCAAAAGCGCGCAGACGAGUAUUUAUCACGCAUGUUGCACAUUUUUCCUCGCUCUAGCUCGUCAUCAGCGGGCAGUCAGGUCAAAGUCGUGCGUGGCAUCGAGCGAGUCGGUUUCCGAGCCGGAAUUGAGCGAACCAACAUUUUCUUCACUGGCUUGGCCUUCUUUGUGAUAUUUGUUGUCUUCGUGGCUAUUUUGAUCGCAAUUUUCAAGGGCUUCUGCGAGCUUGCUGUGCGCGCCAAAUGGAUGAAGUCGGACAAGUUCCAGGAAUUUCGCAAUGGCUGGCUGACCGUGUUGAAAGGAAUCCUCUUCCGUCUGGUGUUGAUCGGUUACCCUCAAAUGUGUGUUCUCUGCCUCUGGGAACUUACCGAGCGGGACUCUGCUGCUGAGGUAGUCUUGGGCAUUUUCAUGUUUCUCUCCAUGACUUUUACCCUUGUCUGGGCGGCCUUGAAGGUGAUUCGCAUCGCAACACGUUCUGUGUCGAUGCACAAGAACCCUGCGUAUAUUCUGUACUCAGACCCCAAGGCCUUGAAUAAGUGGGGUUUCCUGUACGUGCAGUUUCGUGCGACAGCCUACUACUUCAUCCUUCCGGUGCUUGGCUACGUUCUGAUCAAGAGCAUGUUCAUUGCCUUUGGCCAAGGUUCCGGCACUGUGCAAGCGGUUGCCUUGGUCGUCAUUGAGGGUGUUCUCUUGAUUGUCCUCUCCAUUCUUCGUCCGUACAUGGACAGGAAGACCAAUGCCUUCAAUAUUUCGAUUGGCGCCAUCAACUUCCUCAACGCCAUUUUCCUCCUGGUUUUCAGUGGCAUUUUCAAUCAGCCAUUGAUUGUGAGCGGUGUCAUGGGCGUCGUUUUCUUCGUCUACAAUGCUGUUUUCGCCCUGGUCCUACUCCUCCUGGUGCUUGUUGCCACCUGCUUCGCCAUCUUCUCUAAGAACCCCGAUACUCGAUACCAGCCCAUGCGCGAUGACCGAGGAUCCUUUAUCAAGUCCAACCCGCAGAUGACCACCGAGCUUGACGCUCUUGGAGUCACUGCCCGUGGCGAACCCGGCCAGCUGUACAAGCCUCGGGAUAUUGACGAUGACGACUCAUGGUCGUCAGAGUCUAUGAACAAGCAACAACACGAUCCUGCAGUCGUACCGCUUCCUCCCUCAACAUCUCACUCCAACGGCAGCUACCGAGACGGCCGCUCGCCCGUGUCGCCAGUUGAGACUUCUUUGCCUCUCUUCCCAAGUGACGCUUCGCCGCGCCACGGCCCUCCAACUACUCAUACUGACAAUUCAUCGCGAUCGUACCUCGCUUCACCAUAUGAUCGGCCGACGACGAGUCGGUCAAACAACGCAUCUCCUGUGGGACGGAAUCAUGACUAUUACGGUCAGCAGCCCACGGGUUAUCGGCAACAAACCGGCAGCCCGAGUCCUUGGCAGCGAGGAGCUGGUUACGAGCAUUAG